AUGAAAGGCAAGAAGGGCAAGGAAGGACAGGGCGGGGGCUCUGCCAAAUCGAAGGCAGAAGAUGCAUUCUGCCGCUUCUACAAUCAAACAUUCCCCAAGGAGGACGGUGUGGUCCGCUUCUUCGGUCAGAAGGAAAUCUUCAGCGUGCACGGAGAAGCAGCCAAGUUCGUGGCGCAGGAGUACUUUCGUACCCUUGCUGCCGUGACCUUUAGCGGAUCACAACAGCUGCCCACCGUGGAGAUGAAGCAGGAAAAAUACGAGGACGUCGUGCGGGACCUCAUCUUGGUGAAGCUCAAGAAGGUCGAGGUGUGGGGCAAGACCGGAACCAACUGGGCCAAAGAGAAGAAGGCUUCGCCAGGCAACGUCAGGGAUUUCGAGGAGCUGUUGUACAGGAACAAGGAGCUCGAAGACACUGCAGUCAGUGUGGCCAUAUGCUUUGGUGUCGAGGGGCAGCACAAGAUGGUUGGCGCCGCCUUUGCUGAUGCCAUUCUAAGGAAGAUCGGCUACUGCCAGUUUGUUGACACCAUCCACCUGGCCAAUCUCGAGUCGCUUCUGCUUCAAAUUGGUGCCAGGGAGUGUAUCCUUGCGCCCGGUGGUACGAGGGAUGAAAUCGAGAUGAAGAAGCUGGACGGCCUUCUCGAACGAUGCGGCAUCAUGAAGACGGAGGUCAAGAAGGCCCACUUCAAGGCGCAGGAUAUUGAACAAGACCUGUCGCGUCUUGUGCGAGAGGACAUGGCCAACAACCUGCACCAAGCGCUCGAGCACUCCUGCGCCAUGUCUUCGCUCGCCGCCAUAAUCAAGCACAUGGAGUUGCUCAGCGACGAGGACAACUUCCGGAGCUAUCAGCUGAAGACGCUGGAUCUCUCCAAGUACAUGCGAAUCGACCAGCCCGCCUCUCGCGCGCUCAAUCUGUUCCCUUCGCCCACCGACACCGACAAGAGCUUCAGUCUGUACGGCCUGUUGAACAAAUGCAGGACGGCGAUGGGCUCUCGGCGCCUUCUACAGUGGAUCAAACAGCCGCUUCUCAACAUCGACGACAUUGAGGUGAGGCAGAACAUAGUGGAGAUAUUUGUGGAGGAUGCGGAGCUGCGACAGUCCAUGCAGGAGCACUUCCGACGCAUCACGGACAUCGACCGCCUCAUCAAGAAGUUCCAGCGAACCAGGAUCACCGCCUCCCUCAAGGACUGUGUUGUGUUGUACGACAUCUACCGUCGGCUCCCGUCCAUGCACGCCACCCUGUCAGCCUACAGCACCAAGAACGCCGGACUCCUUCACGAGCAGUACACCGACGAACUGGCCAGGGUGAUCGACGAGUUCUCGGAUUUCCAGAGGCUGAUCGAGGGCUGCAUCGAUCUCGACGCCGCGCAGAACAACGAAUACCAGAUCAACGCCAGGUUCGAUCCGGAGUUCACCCAGUGGUGCAAGGAGAAGGAGCAGGUCAAGCAGAAGAUUGACACCAUCUUCCGUGCGGUUCAACGAGAACUGGGGGCGGACAAGCGGGACAAGGACAGCGUCGAGCUCGAAAACUCGAAGGUUCACGAGUGGCACAUCGUCGUUCCGAAGAAGGCGAGUACGACAAAGCUGAUCAAAUCCAAGCGGGACUGGAGCGUGCUCGAGGAUACGACCAAAGCCAUGCGGAGCCGACGGUGGACCGAGCUGGAGGAGUGCAUUCAGGCCAAGCAGAAGGAGCUGGUGCUGGAGAUCAUCAAGUGCGUCGCGUCCUACGUGCCUUUGGUGGAGGACCUGAGCAUCCUGCUGGCCGACCUCGAUGUCUUCGUGAGCUUGGCGCAUGUGGCGGUGAACGCGCCGGCGGGCUACGUGCGGCCUCGCCUCACGCCCAGCGGCACGGGCGACGUGAUUCUCAAGCAGGCGCGGCACCCCUGCCUCGAGCUGCAGGAUGGCGUCGGCUUCAUCGCCAACGACGUCAUCAUGAAGCGCGACGAUUCGUCUUUCCAGAUCAUCACCGGUCCUAACAUGGGCGGCAAGUCGACCUACAUCCGCUCCGCGGGCGUCAUCGUGCUGAUGGCGCAGAUCGGCUCGUUCGUGCCCUGCUCGACUGCUGUGGUGUCCGUCGUCGACUGUAUCAUGUGUCGCCUGGGCGCUUCCGAUUCACAGCUACGGGGAGUGUCGACGUUCAUGGCCGAGAUGCAAGAGACGUCGUCCAUCCUGAAGGCUGCUACACAGCGCUCGCUGAUCAUCAUCGACGAGUUGGGCCGCGGCACGAGCACCUACGACGGCUUUGGCCUCGCCUGGGCCAUAUCCGAGCACAUCAUCAACAAGAUUGGAUGCUUCUGUUUCUUCGCCACGCACUUCCACGAGCUCACCGCGCUCGAGCAACACAUUCCUAAAGUCAAGAAUCUGCACGUCACGGCGCAGACGGCGGAUAACAAGCUGGUGCUGCUCUACAACAUCAAGCAAGGCCCUUCGGACAAGAGCUUCGGCAUCCACAUCGCCGAACUGGCCGGCUUCCCUCCCAGCGUCAUCGAAGUGGCACAGCAGAAGGUCGAAACCCUGGAGAAGACGGCCCAGAGCAAGGGCGUCACGAGCGGCGUGGGCCAGAAGAGAGAGCGGCCCACGAGUAAGCCCGGUGCUGGGGCGGCCUCCGCCGUCAAGCGACCGCGAACCGAGGGCGCGGAGGAGGAAGGUACGCGGCUUGUGCGGCAGUUCCUGGACGACUUCAAGAAGCUGCCCCUGGACUCGCUGUCGCCAGCCGAGGCGAUGCAGCGAAUGAAGGGCAUGCGGGAGCGCCUGAUGAGCCACAACAACCCGUUUGUCCUCACGCUCCUCAGCGCCCAACAGAGCGCGUAA